AUGGUGCGCACGGCAGCAGACCGCUGGAAGCGCGUGAAAAGAGCCCCUCUGGACCUCCUGAAAGCGGCCGCCGCCCAGCCCUUCGACGAUAACUCUUUGUUGGGCCAAGCCGCAGUCUUCCGCGCGAAGCGCGCGAAGCGCCACAAGCCCGCGCCGGCGCCGAAGAAGGCGGUGCUGAAGGAUCAGCCUCCGGGACGAUUGUUACCGUUCAAGGAAGGGACUUCGGUGAAAGUCGUGAAGCGCAAGCUCGCCGUCGGUAAUGCUCCAGAGGCGGGCCAGCCCGAGGUCGAGGCCUUGGUGAGGGAGCCGAUGGGGCGGGAGGGCUCCCUCGAGUCCGACUGGAAUUUGAGGAGGAUAGGCGCUUUAUUAGCCAAGUCCGAAGCGAUGGACGACGAGUACGCCGUGGCCCGGCGGAAGAUCUUCAACCCCUUGCCUACUACGAAAGACAAGGCUAGUAAGGCGCCCGUGACGGGUCUGAGGACGUCCGGGCUUGUCACACGUUCAAUAGUCGCGUUGGAUCAUUUAGGAGACGCGUCGGCAUUGAGGACCGAAGGAUUAAUAAGGUUGGAGGGUCCCAUCACCAUAAAAAAACGAAAACCGCCCGUGCCGCGCCUGCACUUGGAUCGCGUCGAACGAGACCCGCUCGAAGGGUUCAUGCCAGGACAUCGUAUCGGAGCCAAUAAAGAUAGAGUCGAUCUACUCAGAGAACCGAUCCGAGACCGGGACAAGGACUGGCGCGCCCUGUCGUGGCGGGACCACCUCGUACUGAGAAACGGCGACGGCGUCGAGCGCUACGAGACGAAGAACAGAGGUUUCAUCAGAGAUAAAUUCUGGGGCGGCGACCGCACGCGGUUCGUUCCCGAACUACGACGAGCAGCAUCCACGCACAUCAUCGAAGCGCGAGGAGCCAUUAUCUCGCGGACGCGAGGCCGGUUGAGCGUGAUUGGGAUUGGCUUUGCCGGGACCGUGUUUGAGAAGUUACAUGACGAGGAUCAUAGCACGCGCAUGAUCAAGAUCCAGUUCCAGGCUCCCUCCAAUUCAAUUUCUUGGUACCAGAUGGAUCGGCGGGGUCUGUUGCACAUCUUCUCGGAGCGCGAGGAUCGAGAUUCAUUGUUGGUGCCGGGGAACCGUCCUAAAUUGAUCAACGCUCUCUUGGAGCACAGCUACUUCGUCUAUGCUCUCACAGAGUGCUGGUGGGAGCGCGAGGCGCCGGCCGGAUGGGGUACGAGUGCUCCCUUCGGCGAGCACAACGACGUCGAGAAAGAGUCAUCACAGUUAAAGGGCACGCGGACGACGUACUACACGCAUUUGGAACAGUGGGAGGCGGAGCCCGGCGUGAUCCCGAGGAAGGGCCCGCAUCUGCCCGACGAAUGUAGAGUUUAUAGAGAAACGAAGGCGAAGAAGCGGUUCAAGGCGCGGCUCGCGCUGCUGCGGGCCAUGUCCCCCGAGAAGAAUGCCACUACUCUCUUCGAGGCGCCGUCGCCGUCGCGGCCGGCGUCGUCCACAACGCGGCCGCCCUCGGCCCCGCCCCCGCCAGCUGUGUCCGCGCCGACGCCCGCCGCGGCCCCGGCGCCCGCCAGUAGUACACAAUCGGCGGCCGGCGUCGGCGCUGGGCGGCCCCGGCGCCCGCCCGGAGUAGUAGCACCAUCGGCGGCCGGCGAGGGCGCGAGACCGUCCUCGAGACAGCAGAAGAAGCCGAGAAGUGGCCGGGCGCCUACACCGUGAGACUGUGCAUGGCCGCGGGCCCGUCAGACGAGUCCACCUGGACCAAGUGAGACACGCCGAACGAGCAAUCAAAAGAUAGAGAACAAGCUGUGGCGGCCUACAAGGCCGCGAAGUGGCACCUGACGCCGAAACGGUACCGGGGCUGCGUCGUGGCCUGCGGGGCCUAUGUGAAGGGUGAAUCUUGUGCAGUCCGGGUCUACGACGCGCCGGCGUUGCUCAACAAGAUCUGCACCGUGAGAGUCACUCAUAUAAGGACCGGAUUGGAGUACGAGUGUCGCCUGCCUUAUACUGAUUUAGCCAAGUGGACGUCUACCGAUGAGCCAGUGGACGAGGACGACGUCGAGGGCCGGAAGCGCCUCGCGCGCAAGAUUCCCUCGCUGCUGUCUUUCUGUUCCGAGAACGACCUGGCGCGGAAGGCCCACGCCGAAUCAGUGAGGAGGUGCCACGCGCGCGGCAUGCCGGGGCCACAGGCACCAUUGCUCGAGAAGGGUCCUAGUCUCGAGGUCCUGAAGAUCGGUCCUAGAUCGGUCCCCUUGGACGCGGACUAUUUGACGGGUGAGAAUGUGCUAGAAACGCAUGCGCAGCAGAAGUACACGAAGCCGCUUUAUUUACAAAGUGGCAUUGCGGGAGAUUGUCUGUUCAAGCAGCAGGGCUACGGUCCGGGGUUGGUGCACGCUCUGUCAUCUCCCCUCAAAACGCCCUCGUCUCCCACAGAAAGGGGGUCGUACCGACUCAUCAAAAGAAGAACACAUGCUCGCUGCGUGGAGAAAGAAUUGCUAGCGCGAGGCGCUUCAGUCGUAGAAGGGAGACGGUGCCGCUUCGAGUGCCUGCGGACUUUGGAAGACAACUACGAGCUCCGGCUCUUCUUCGACGUCAGGGAGACCUACACGCUGCCCCUGCGGAAACAUGCUGUUGAUAGAUACGGCAAGGCCUCGGCGUCGUCCAAGUUCGUCCACGUGAAGAGGGAGGAGGCCGUCCUCGAUGCGCGCAACGCCGCCAUCGUAGCGGAAGGAGCCUGCCUCGACGACUUUGAUGAUGAGGACGCCGCGAAGGCGAACGCCGCCGCGGGCAUGGCGAUGAGCGUGCGCGACCGCUUCAGGAAGAAGCGGAAGAAGAAGAAGGGCCGCGGGCCGCCCAAAGUGGGCAUGUCGCGGGAUGAGAAGAAAGCUUGCAUGGCUAUUGCGGUGGCUUCUCGUCGUAUGGAGUUUCGCGGGCCUGCUACCUUCUCGGAGUUUGUUCGGGACUUGGUCGAGCAAUGCGUUGAUGAUGCUCUCCAAGAGCCUCAGAGAGUUGUGAAGGAAGUCUUGCGACAAGCGGUGCGUACGGUUGCGUGCUCGGUCUCGGCGGACGACGCCGAGGAACAUGUUCGCCAUUCUUGUGCUUCUUGCUGGUCCGAUUUAUGUAAGAGGUUGCUAGCGGACGUGCGCAUGGUCCCCGACCUACCUGUACUCCAAGAGAGGGAGCGGGCCGUCGCCUAUUCCGGUGAAGAUGCCUUCGAGGCCGCUUGUGUAGCUUUAUGUGCGGCGCCUGCGUCGAAUUUAUCUAAGAAGCCUCCCAUGAGUGACAACUUCGUCUCCACUACGAAGCUCGAGCCCUGGCUGCGCCGCGAGCUGUGUAUCUCGGACACGGUGCGGAAGCGACUCCUCGACAAGAACCAGUCCCAAGCGUUCCUCGCGAAAGUCGCCGUUGCUGGAAAGAAGCACCGGGACCACUCUGGUAAUGUGUUUGAUGCAAAGAACGCUAGAAUUCUCCUCAAACACGUGCUCAGAACGAAAUACAAGGAGAAGCCCCGCCUCCGCCUUGAAUCAAGAUUGUGGCGCGGUAUGCGUAGAAUAAAGUGCUUCGGUUUACCGGGCGUUGGUACUCAUUUAUCGGUCUGCGUCACCGUGAACUGGUUUGAUGAUAGUGCGCAGUGCAGCUCGAGCAGAUGGAGACGUGCGAGUUGAUCCCGCUUUCUGUAGAUGUAGUAUUUGAUAGAUUUGGCGGACCAGAUUGAUAAUUUGAAAUGGUGGAUGGUCGGUACGACCUCACAAUAAACAUAUUCCUGCGGGCGUUAGUCAUCAAGGAGGCGCCGAAAGGAAGUGCUACCAAAUACGUCGCGGAAUUAGAUGAAACUUCGGGCUGGGCGUCCUCCAGACCCACGACGCGGGCCACCGAUUUGAUGGUUGAUGAUUUAGCUGAAUUUGCGUUCGUGGACGACGACGACGACUCGCCGCUGACGACGGACCAGGACUACGGGGUGGAAAUGGGGGAGGGGUACUACGAGGCCGCGCGCGCUCGAGUAUAAAUGUGACUUG